UAUCAUUUAUUUAAAAAAAAAAAAAAAACUGGCGUAAUAUCCUCUGGCGUAACCAAGAGAGGAGGACAAGCAAUGGCCAUGGGAGAGGAGAAGGUGAAGACUGAAGCCAUGCAGAUGAUAGGAAUGUUUCAAAUUUUGCCCAAAUUGGUCGUCUUUGACCUCGAUUAUACUCUCUGGCCUUUCUACUGUGAAUGCAGCUCAAAACGUGAAAUGCCAUCUUUGUAUCCCCAUGCUAAAGGCAUAUUAUAUGCACUCAAGGACAAGAGAAUAGAUGUAGCAAUUGCUUCACGAUCACCAACCCCAGAUAUUGCAAAAGCAUUUCUUGGAAAAUUGAGCAUCAAAUCAAUGUUUGUAGCCCAGGAGAUAUUUUCCAGUUGGACUCACAAGACUGAACAUUUCCAGAGGAUUCAUUCAAGAACUGGGGUACCCUUUAAGUCAAUGCUCUUUUUUGAUGAUGAGGAUAGGAACAUCCAAGCGGUUUCAAAGAUGGGAAUAACGAGCAUUCUAGUAGGUAAUGGGGUCAAUCUUGGAGCAUUGAGACAGGGGCUCAUAAAAUUCUCUCAAAAUGUCAAUAAAUGUGAGAAGAACAAGCAAAAAUGGCUGAAAUUUUCACAAAAUUCAAAGAAGAAAGAGCAAGAAUGAAGGAAAUAGAUAUUUAUGACAUUGAAAGUUAAACCAAUCAAGGACUUCUUGUGAUCAUUAAUUUUUAUAGCAAAAUUUGUUAUAUUAAUUAUACCAAAGAAAUGCUUUUGUGGCAUUAUCAGUGUUUAUUGUGAUAUAUACUUUUUAGAGUAAUUCAAUAGAAUUGAAAAUAUACACAGGAUUUCAUUCCUGUUUAUUCA